AUGACCGCUAUCGACAUAGGCGACCUACGAUCCGACCCCGUUCCGAGUACAAUUCGAAGGUUUAGGACUCAACUUAUCGGAAAGCAAACGCUCAAGGAGUCUUCCGUACAGGCCGGCAUUCUACCACUCCUCUGCGAGAUACUCACGCACUACCAAAAUGAGAACCCACAAUCAGACAGCCAAUACUCUGAGAGUCUGUACGCAGAGAUCGCUUCCCUCGUCUCGGUUCUUGCGCACGAAGGUGCUUCCUACGUCCUUCCCAUCUUGAAGAGCGACAUACUCGAGCUAUUGCUUCAAAGGCUCGUGCAGGACAGCACUCUCCGAGAUGCUCUAGCCAUUCUAAAGUGCUUGAAUACCAUAGCGAGCGAGCUACCGUCCAGAGCUGAUGGCGAAUGGGAGCAAGAUACAACGCUCGCAGACUUGCUUUACAGCAGCCAAUACAUUAGUUGCAUCGUCAAUGGCGUUAGAAGCGCUUGCGAUUCAGUGGCUUCAAGCCAGGUAUGCGACCUCACGGUUAGCUUGCUUUGCAGGACAUGUACGACGGAAGAACAGAAAUCUGUCCUGGCAGAUCACUUCAUUUUGGAAGCCCUUGCGCUGAAGCUGGCAGCUUUCGUUGUGGGCCAAGGCUAUGUUGCGCCCUCACUUGGGGCAAUCGAUUUCCCAGAAAGUGCAGCAUCCGUUCUACAGCCGCCAGCAUCUGUGCAUGCCCAUCUUUCACCCCUUAUGGAGGCCAUCGCUCUGGUGCUGGAGAAUUCUGCGGAGCGGGCCAGAUCGUUCUUCUCCAUUUCUGAGCUCGAAACCGUUUUGCCUCGAACAAAGGAUAUGUCCACGCCAAAUAAUGCUCGCCAGGCACCAUGGGCGGGCAGUACAGGCGCAAUCCCACAAGGUCGCCAUGCAAUGGAGAUCUAUCUGCCAGCCGUACCAGCGAGACCUCACACUGCAACGGCUUCUAAUGUCAACUUCCCACCACUAGGUGCUGGUGCUUUUCAGAGACGACGGUCUUCAUUCCAUCCUACGCCUCCUCAGACAGCAAGCUCCAUUUUUGACAGCCAAAAUCAAGCGGCAGAGGAAGAGGUGGGGCUCGUACCGUAUCUGCUUGUACUCGUCUGUGAGUCGCGAGGUCGUCGUCGGCUAGUCGCCUGCAAGUUGCUGGCAGUCCUGCAGGACCUUGGACUGGUCCACAAAUCCAGACGUCGUAUGUUUGGAUCGUUACUGGUGCCAUUACUGGUUCGGAUGUUGGACAUCGACGAGCCUGCCGCACGAGAUGGUCUUGCUAAUGCCGGGUCAUACUUGUCGGACGGAAGCUACUACAGCAAGGCCGCACCCUCGGUGCUGGGCAGGCUGAUAGUUGACGAUCCCGAUCUUCAGAAGAUGGCUGUGGAAUGCAAAGCUAUUCUCAGACUGUCGAGUAAUCUGAAGAAGUCUUUCGAUGUCGUUCCGAGCCAGAAGAGCAUUCAAUGGAAGCCGUACAAAUCUUCCCAUGCUGACAUGGACACGCUUCCAGACGACUGCACACUUGGUUCCACUGGACCGUCUGAUACUGUGCGUCAGCACAUGCGACACCGGGAAGCGAUUCUACAAGCUCUCGCCGCAAUUGCGCCUGAUGUUGAUGAGUAUCGCCAAGACAUCUGCAAGCAGGGCGUGCUACCCCUCAUCAUAAAGGCGACGGACCCUCUGAAGUUGGAUCAAGACCCGCUGACGAAAAUGAGCAGCGUUUGUGGUAAUGCUCCCUCAACGGUGGUGGCCGCAUGCGGGUGCGUUAGAGCCCUCACUCGCUCGGUCAAGGCUCUUAGGACGAAAUUGGUCGAUGCGGAAGUAGCUAAGCGCAUAAUAAUGCUUAUCAGCAGUACCGACCCGGAAGUCACGAUUGCAGCCACCCAGGUCCUCACGAAUCUGGCAAUGGAUUUCAGUCCCGUUAAGGAUGAGAUGGAUAUGACCCACGUCACCACGAGGCUAUGUCUACAAGCGCACUCGGCGCACGCCCGACUUCGAUACGAAUCUCUGUGGACGCUGAAGCAGCUUGCCGUCAAUGAAUCGAAGGAGCUGAAGAUGAAGAUUGUGAAAGAGCUCUCGUGCAACUUCAUUCGGGAAUUGAUCUGCACAGACCCAAACGACGUCAGACCUGGCGAGGUCAUCGGGCUUGGAUCGACGAACAGAAGUGGCGAAGACGUGGACAUGAGCGACGUUGAGCCUCUCGAUCCACCAGAUUGGUUUGGGCCUCAGAACCAGUUCCCGCAGCACAGCCUCGAGGAAGACUACUUGAUUCAGGAGCAGAUGUUCGACUUACUCCGCAAUCUCUUCUGCGGCAACAGUGCAGCGGACAUAGUCGAAUACGUGCUUAAACAAAUUGGGGACCGUGAGUUCUUCGAAGCUUUGCGCAAGCGGCUGAAUACUAGGAGAGACUACGGCGCGACGCGUAGGGACAACGUCGACUCGCCUCCACGUGCUAGCCUGGUGUCUACUGUCCUAUACGUCGUUAACCACAUCGCCGCCAGCAGCCAGACCUGGAGGCACGCGGUCAUUGCCGAGACGGGCCUGAUGAAGGCAAUUCUGAGCUUGGCAAGCCACAGCGAGGCAGGAGUGCGAGUAGGGGUGUGCUGGCUGGCUAUCAACCUGAUGUAUGAAGAUGAUUCUAGUGACAAAGUUUUCUGUCAACAGCGUGCUCGGGAGCUCAUUAGGCAAGGGUACCGAGAUAAGAUCAUUAGGCUGGAGAACGAUGCAGACUUGAACGUCAGGGAGCGUGCUAAGACUGCGAUGUAUCUGUUCGGCGCAUUACUGGAGCCAUAG